CUGUAGUAAUAUUCCAUUCGGUUGCCUUCAAUGACACAAAUGGGCUGACUUAAAGAAAAUGUUACACCUCCUCUUCGCUGUCACCCUGCUAUUUGUGGAAACUUCCGGUUUGUUUCUAACGAACGACAGACCUCAUCAUGCGUCGUGCAAGGUUGAAUGGGAUUUUGGGUUACAAUGUGAUGAAGUGCGAGCAAGGUUACGAUCUCAGAUUAUACAGUGGUCCACACAACACAGUUGCCAUGACGACCGAUGUAAAUACGAGUUGUUGUUAGAAGAUGUUGAUACUCUUCGGGCAAAGCACACUGCGACUUCAUUUCACUACAUCAACGACAUAGAGUGCACUUUUAUCAACGGGACAAACGAUUGUAAAGUCCAUGGUUUUUCAAGUGCUGAAGAUCCAUUAGCUUACUUUGAUGGCAGCACUAAUUACUGUGGCAUGCACUUGCUCAUCACAGGCUCGUCCUUGGACAAGGAUACUGGAUACAAUGAAGUCUCCUCGGAUAAAAUAUGUACUCAGUAUUCUGAAGCUAAUUGUUAAUAUAACCGCUUCACAUUCCUGUCUUAAACAAAAUAAAGGCAAAUUUUCUAUAUAUAA